CGAUGGGACCCCGCUUCCGCCCGUACCCCGCCACGUCGUCAGGCGUCCAGAGACUCGGAGCUACGAGACGACGCAGUGGACUUCAGUGGAGUUCCGCGAAACACACCCAACCCGAACCAACAACAAGACAAAUCCUAGCACCGCUACGAAGCAGACAUAUGGAAUCAUCCUUGUACUAGCUUUUGUAUAAAGUUUCGAGCUUCCCCCAUCUCAUUUGCUUAUCAACCACUCUAAACAAUUCACCGACAACGACGACUUAUCUCCGAGCUUUAUUUCAGUUCGCCCAUACGCAAAGAAUAUGACGCAAGCAAGCGAAGUUGUGGUUGUGCCGCUGAAGGCGGGGAUUGAUCUUGAGUCUGGGGAGUACAAGACGGCGUUGGAUGCUGCGCUCAAGGCCUUGAGCGAGGCAGAGGGUUCGCAGAAGGUGUCGUAUGGACGGCAGGUCGAGAAUCCAGAUGUCUUGGACCUGAGCAUUGACUGGGGCCUCCCCACCAACUUCCAUACCUUCAUCACCUCCCCCGCCUACGCCCCCUUCAGAGCCGUCCUCGGCACCCUCGUCGCCGGGCCCCCAAAGAUCAACAUCGUGUCCCGCCUCCAGAACGGCCCCUUCUUCAGCGUCAUCACCGCGCCCAUCACCGAAAUGGUCACGCUCUUCUUCCCCGCCUCGUACGCGGAAGCCGACUUCAACGCCAACUUCGCAAAGUUCAAGGCGAUUAUCGACGAAUCGGCCGAGGGCGCAAAGGGCGUUGUGGGCGGGUGGAGCGUCGAGGAGGUUCCGCCUGCGGAAGGAGACGCGAAGCUGUUCGUGGGCGCGAUUGGGUGGGAGAGCAUUGACGCGCAUAUGGAGUUCCGCAAGACGGAGGCGUUUAAAGAGGCGAUUCCGCUUUUGAGGGAGGGGUCGGAUAAGAUUACGAUGCAUCAUGUAAAGUUUGCGCAAUUCUAA